CGGCCUCCGCCCCCGGCUGCGGAGGGACCCGGGCGCGGACACCUGCACCCGCGGCGGCGGCGCGGUCCUGACCCACCGGGCGUCCCUGUCGCUGGCAUCGCCCUCGGGCUCCUGCUCCACGACGUGACCAUGGCCGGGCUGCAGGAGCUGAGGUUCCCCGAGGAGAAGCCGCUGCUCCGGGGCCUGGACGCCACUGAGCUGGAGAACGCUGACACCUUCCUCCUGGCCGAGGACACAGACUGGAAGGAGCAUGACAUUGAGACGCCCUACGGCCUCCUGCACGUGGUGAUCCGGGGCUCCCCCAAGGGGAACCGCCCGGCCAUCCUCACCUACCACGAUGUGGGCCUCAACCACAAGCUCUGCUUCAACACCUUCUUCAACUCCGAGGACAUGCAGGAGAUCACCAAGCACUUCGUGGUGUGCCAUGUGGACGCGCCCGGCCAGCAGGUGGGGGCGUCCCAGUUUCCUCAGGGGUACCAGUACCCGUCCAUGGAGCAGCUGGCCGCCAUGCUCCCCAGCGUGGUGCAGCACUUCGGGUUCAAGUACGUGAUUGGCAUCGGAGUGGGAGCCGGAGCCUACGUGCUGGCCAAGUUCGCACUCAUCUUCCCCGACUUGGUGGAGGGGCUGGUGCUGAUGAACAUCGACCCCAACAGCAAGGGCUGGAUCGACUGGGCCGCCACCAAGCUCUCCGGCCUCACCAGCACUUUACCCGACACGGUGCUAUCCCACCUCUUCAGCCAGGAGGAGCUGAUGAACAACUCGGAGCUGGUGCAGAGCUACCGGCAGCAGAUCGGGAACGUGGUGAACCAGGCCAACCUGCAGCUCUUCUGGAACAUGUACAACAGCCGCAGAGACUUGGACAUUAACCGGCCCGGCACGGUGCCCAACGCCAGGACCCUCCGCUGCCCCGUGAUGCUGGUGGUCGGGGACAACGCGCCUGCUGAGGACGGGGUGGUUGAGUGCAACUCCAAGCUGGACCCCACCACCACGACCUUCCUGAAGAUGGCGGAUUCCGGGGGGCUGCCGCAGGUCACCCAGCCCGGGAAGCUGACGGAAGCCUUCAAGUACUUCCUGCAGGGCAUGGGCUACAUUGCGUACUUGAAGGACCGGAGGCUGAGCGGAGGAGCAGUGCCCUCGGCCAGCAUGACCCGGCUCGCCCGCUCCCGGACCGCGUCCCUCACCAGCGCCAGCUCGGCGGAGGGCGGCCGCCCGCAGGCCUGCACCCACUCGGAGAGCAGCGACGGGCUGGGCCAGGUCAACCACACCAUGGAGGUGUCCUGCUGAGCCCCGGCCCCCGUGCCCCCACCCGCAUCGAGGCCCCACUGCCACCCUCGCGCCCACCGGCUCCUUUUCCGUUUCGUUUCUUUCUGUGAGGGCCAAGGGGGGAGAUGGGGUUACGGCGCUCAGAGACUGCAGCAGAUCGGCCUUCGGGGGGGGUGGGGGGUCCCCACCUCCCUGACUGUGAUGACCUGGCUGACUUGGGCCCUUUCUGCCCAGUCCCCGCCAACCAAGCAAGGCUGAGUCCCUCUCCGGCCGGGCUCCAGGAUGCUGUCCUGGGUUAGAGAGAGAGCCUGGAUGACCCCAGAUUGGAAGGUGGGACGGAGUUGUGAGGUGAUGGGUGCAGCUCAGGCACCGGCAUGAGAACCAGGAGAGGCAACAGGGAGCCCCGGAACACCCCCACCCCCACCCCCACCCACCCCAGCUCCCACCAAGCACAUCUGACUCUGUCUCAUAGCACAUAUGACAAUCAUCUGAACAGCAGUGGCCACCAGGGGGCGCUCCUACGGGCCUCUGGCUGGUACCGCAGGGCCAGGCGGGCAGGGGCUGAACGGGAUUUCUCUGCCCAGAAGCCAUUUGUCUCAGAGCCUGACCAAAGGGCCUUGAGGGCAGGCACCCCACAGGCUGUCUCUUCCAGCCCACACACUCCCGAGUCUGCGCCAAGGCCCCCAAACAGGAAGUCUCCUUGCCUUCCGCCGCUGGGAUAGCCAGUGAGGACUGCGUGGACCCCUGCCCGCCUUUGGGAGCCAGCAUGUGGCCGCAGGGGGCAGUGGCUGGGAGUCCUAAUAGAUCCCUUGGUUGCCCCCAGGUUCCAUGAAGGACAGGUGGCCACGGUACUUCCAGGAAGAGUUUGGUAGAGUCAUGGCUAGGCAUUUCAACUAGGCAUCCCUCAGCAAGGAGAGGGAGUCUCUGUAGAACUGGUCCAGGGUAUCCCGCAGGCCUCAUCCCAUCUCAGCCCGCGGAGUGGCUUGGGCUGGGGCUUUUGCUGGAUCCUGGGGUCUGAGGGGAAGGUUCUCGCAGUGAACAAGGACCAGGCAGAGGAGAGAGGCUCCACGCGCACACACCCUGCCCCCCUCCUGCCCCCUAAAGCCCAGGACUGGGCCACACAUUGCCCAUCCAGCACCUUACCCAGAAGCCAUUUGUCUCUGAGCCUGAAUCAAUUGCCACACACACACACACACACACAACGAGGAAAAGGAGAGGGGGGAGAGCUGUGAAAAACGGAGGACCGGGGUGUGUGUGGACCGGUAUGUGGGGAGGAGGGUACCCAUAUCCACCUUUCCUUUGCACACAUGACCCCCCCCCCAAUAAUCUUAAGCCAUUGCUAGACUUCUCUAGAGCCUGGUGGAGUGUCAGUCCGUCCCCAGUUUCUACUCACUCACGUGCUUCCUUUGAAUCUCGAAUGUGACCGUUUGAAAAGCUGGUAGAAUUCAUCCCUCUUCCUGUAGAUAGUGCUGCAAGUCGGACUUCUCCUGUUUUGCUGUGUUCUUUCAGAUGAGAUCUCUAUAAAUAUCUAUACAUUAUAUAUAUAUGUAUGUAUGUAUGUAUAUCGGGUCCUCCCGUGUGUGGUUUUUCCCAUCGGAGGUUGUCUCUUCUUUGGUCAAAGUGAGCUUUUAACGGAGUUUAUCAUUUUCCUCUCUGUCCAGGGUGGAGAGCCUAAUUUUGUGUAUUCUAGUAGCUACUGUCAUGAGACUUGGAAAUGACACCAUGUAAAACAAGUAAAAACCCUUGUCAACAUAGAAAGAGUUAACUGUGCUGAAAACUAAUAAAGAAACUAAAAAGAA